CUAAAUAAAAGAAAGAUGCUGUGCUCUCAUGGAUUCCCAUCUGCCCUCAGUCCAUUCAUGGACUUUUCCUGGCCUGUACGCAGUCUGUGGCCAGAGGUCAGACCUCUGUUCUACCAGCAGCAUGUCAUGCAGAGAGACCUACAGGAGCUGCGCAGCAGUCUGCAGCUGAUGGACAAACUUCAACGCCAGGUCCUGGAGGACACAGAGCCUUUCAGCAGCAGCGUGGCUCUGCAGCCAGUCUCCUACCAGCUGGACAAAGAGGGAGAGCACUUUGGCCUGACCCUGGACACUCAGGGCUUUUCUCCAGAAGAUCUGUCAGUCCGGCAGGUGGGCAGGAAGCUGAGAGUCAGCGGGAAGAGAGAGAAGAAACAAGAGGACAGGAAAGGCUCCUACUCUUACAGCCUGCAGGAGUUCAGACAGGAGUUUGAUCUGCCUGAAAGGGUGAACCAUGAAGACGUCAGCUGCCAUCUUUCUCCAGAUGGAAAGCUCCACAUCCAGGCAGCCAAAGUUCCUUGUAUCGAGGGGACAGAGAGAGAGCUGACUAUCAAGAGGAGGUCAGAGGAGGAACCACAGCAGAGUGUGUGUUCACAGGCAGAAGACUGCAGAGCAGAAACACAGAACGGAUCAUAGAACAAAUCUGAAAACAUGAACUCACAAACAUGUUGAUGUGCCAAUUGAUUACAGUACAUUACAAUACAGUAUAUAUAUAUAUUAUAAAUGUAGAUUUUACUGUUCUUGGUUGCUGUGGUUGCUGACACUACAGGAAUAUAAGGUGUACAAGUUUACAUAUUGAGUCAUUUGUCUUUAUUACAUUUUUUCUGUUAUAAUG